AACACUAGGGUUCACAGUCAUGCAAAUACUUUCCUUUGCAACUGUAGCCUACUUAUGCCAAAAGUCAUCACAAGACGAUAAACCAGGUACUCGACGUGGGUUUUCGCGUAGGAGUUUGGCAUUCGUUAUUCACAGGAUUACUUACUACGAAGUGGUUCUACCAACAGAGCAAAAUGAACGCAAAAGAUCUAAAUCCAUCUCUUCCUGUUUUUGAUGAUGCUGACCAAGAAAAUGGUAACCACAGAUUAAAGACUCCUGUAGCUACAAGAACCAAAGCAUUGCAAAGAAAGAAAUAUGAAAUAGAAGGGGAAAUCAAAUAUGUAAAACCUCUCCAAGCUGCUGCUGCAUCACACAAGAAAUUAUCAGAAAAUGUACAGAUGAACACUUCAAGUCACCACUUACAAGUUGCUCCAGAGCAACUUCAUCGUGAACCUAAUGGGUCCAAGAAGAAAGGAAGUGCAAAGAUAAAAAGAGUGAGGAGAGAGUUUUCCCUCCUUCAAAAUGCUAGUGAAACUGAAAUAAAUGAGAUUGAGAAAGUGAAAGUUGGCAAGAAACAGCAUUCCACAAAGAGAUCCAAACAAGAUUCAAAAAAACAGUCAGCAGAAAACAUUGAGGAACUGGUAUACGAACCAACCCCUAAACGACUGAGGAUUGUUUCAAAUGUACAAAACUUUGAUAGAAACAUGGAAUCUAUCAUUGAGGCUUGCGCAAAAAAUGUGAGCACAAGUGAUAAAUCGAAUCAAACGUUAGAGAAGCAUCUUGAUGGAAAGACUAUAUUUGUAUCUCCUGCAAAACAGCUGGCUAUUAAACCUGCAGUGACCAUAGGUACCAAAAUACCUGGAAGUAAUCGAUCAGGAAAAAAGUUGACGGUUUCAACAAACAAUUGCACCGACUUAGAGGAAUUCUCGUCUAUUGAUGGUGUGAAAUCUGCCAAAAGCGGCCGAACAAAAAGAGGAGUUCUAUCAGGCUAUGCUGACGGUGGAACAGAACUAUCAACGUCUUUACCCAACCGCCCAAUGUCUACCAAGCAGGGUUUAGAGAAAAACGCGGGGACAUCAGGACCAAUAAAAUCAGGGUUUGACUAUGAAUCGAUCUCAGACAAGGAGGCUGACACCGAUACAACGGAAAGUGAAGAUGAUACAUGCUCCUCCUAUACUGAUACAGAAGUUGACGUAAUUUUCUCCAAAAGUGGAAACACCCUCGAGAACAGAAGCCGGAUAAGUUCCCUUUCCCCUGACAACUUUGAAACGUCAAAACAGAAAAAUGAAGCUUCGGAGUCUUCACUUUCUCCAGAGUUUGAUCAAAGGCAGAAUUUGUCGAAAUCCCUGCCAGGUUUAGUAUUCCAUUUACCCAGGAAACAACUCUCACUCUCCGACGACUCUUUAGCGGCUGAUCGCGAUCUGAGCACUAAAAAAGCCGAUAAGCAUGAAAAUACCGAAGAAAAGGUCUUGAAGUCGGCUCGGAGCAGAAAUUUAUUGAAAAACUCGUCCUCUUCGAAAUUGGAAUCAUCCCGUAUUUCUGCAAAUGCCAGCACACUCAUAGAAGAGACGCGUUUGCCAAAUAAACAAAUCCCAUCUUUCCUGAAUGCAUCGCCAUACCAUCAACCACCGGGAGACGCGGACAGGGAUUUGGAUGCAGUACAGGAAAGAAGUCCCACUCAACGUGCCAAAAUGCUCUAUACUGAAGAAAGUAUGGUUGAGUUGACCAACUGCAGGGUGACACCUAGUUCUAUAUCAGAUCCAUGCAACGCAGUUCCCAUGCCUACCCGACAUCCAACUACAUUUAAUCUUUACAUGGCUCCUAGUAGUUACCCUGUACGAGCACGUCAAAUUGACUCGACGGAAGAUUUCGUGGUUUCGUGGCUAUACAUGCAACCUACAGUUAUUUUCCCCUUACAAACUUCCUUCCGUACCAUGAUCGUCCGUAUGAAGGGCACUGUAGAGUUCAGAAGCAAUCCGUGUGUUUCAAGUCGCACGUUGCUGGACUCAGUAACCAAAUUAGUGGAACUUGAGGCCGGCCGUCUUUUUCAUAUUGCAAAUACAGGAAAAGAAGUUGCAUUGAUCCAGAUGACCGAAAUUUUGCGAUAAUCAAUUAUGAUUGCAAGUCUUUUGCAUUAUAUUGCAAAAUUGGUUUUUUAAACGUUUUCAACCAAGAAUUCAUUUAAUGUCCCUUUAUAAAUGUUUUUCAAGUAAAAUUCCGUACAGCGUUUUUCGACUGUUUUGUACACAGAUGGCGUGUGCUCAGAAGUAAACCAAGUCCCGUCGACUGCUAUACUUUAAA